CCAGAAACAAAUCCAAAGAGGGAAAGAGAACAGGAAUUUUUAUCUUAUACGGAAGAAAUCCUCCAAGAGGAAAUCUGAAAACUUCCAUUUUGCUGCUGAUGAUCGUGGAUGGUUCGUCGCCAUUGCCUUUGAAGAGGAGGAGAUUGACUAGUAUUGAUUCCAUGGAGGCUGGAUCGGCCAAGGCUAAGUUUGCUGCUGCGAAAGAGAAGUUUGGACGAGAAAUUCAUGUUUUUGAAACUGCAAGUCUCUCAUCGACACAAAAUGGUGUGCCUGACACUGAGGUGUCAGAUGAUUUCUAUGAUUUCACUGCAGAAGAUUAUUAUCGACUAAUGGCAACUAAAAAGGAAGAUAAGUUCUUGAAGACACGAAAAAUCCGAGAAGCAGAAGAGGCAGCUCGAAGAUCAAGAAUAACAAAGGCUGUCAUAAGGGUCCGCUUUCCGGAUAACCACACAUUAGAGGUUACAUUUCAUCCAUCUGAGACAAUGCAGAGCUUGGUUGACCUUAUCACGAAAGUGGUUGCUCGACCAGAUUUGCCAUUCUAUUUAUAUACAACACCUCCUAAGAAGCAAAUUAAGGACACGACGCAGGAUUUUUUCUCUGCUGGUUUCAUGCCUGGAGCAAUUGUGUAUUUUUCAUAUGAUCUGCCAAAAGGAGACGAUUCUGCAGCUGCGAAUUCAGGCCCCUUCCUUCAGGAGGAAAUCAUGUCUUUGAAAGGUUUGGAAGUCAUUGCUGAAACUGAGCAGCCAGAGUCGGUUCAAUCUACCCCGGAGCCUGCUGCUGCCAGUGCAAUGCCUUCCCCAGUUGUGCAAGAAAGCAAGCCUACCUCCAAAAAACCUCCCAAUCCAAAGUGGUUUAAAAUGUGAGUUUGACUACUGAGAAAGUGAGCUUUGAUUUGUGAUCUCAACAGUCUUAGAUUUGGAGAAGCAGUUAACUGUAUUUCCCAAUCAAAGGAUAGAUAUAUUAAAUGGUGACUAACAGGUGAUUCUCUAUGUGAAGGAUGUUAAUACUCAUGAUCUAGAUGUGAAUAUUUUACUCGUUAAGCCUUUUUCAUUUUUACAGUUUCAUAAUUCCCUCCUUUGGUUCA